AUGGGGAAUGAGUCAGAGGCGGCUGUGAUGGUUGAGGCGGCGGCGGCGGCUGCGGGGCUGGAGGGGGUUGCUGCUGAGGCGAUUGAGAUGGUGGCUGCUGCUGAGCUUGGCGGGCCUGACGCUGCCUCUGGCAGCGGCUCAGCCUCACCCUUUGCCAUCCCCCAGGCGUGGCAACCGGAGGAGCCAGGACCACCAGUGGCUCAGGAACGGACAGAGGCGGUGGAGAUGGCGGCGCCACCGGAACCUGUAACGGCGCUUGUGCUGGCUGCGGCGGUGGCAGCGGCGUCAGGGGAACAGGGCGAAGCCAGGACCGAGGAGGGUGCGUCGGUUGACGUUGCCACAAGGGCAAGAGCGUCACUUGCCAUCUAUGGGGACAAGCGACGGGAGAAGGGAAGCAAGAGACGGGAUCAGGCUAGCACCAACACCAAUCAUCACGACAGGGAACGCAGUGGCGGGACCAUCAAUGCAACAACCACCGCGUUGGGAUUCGCAGAACUCGACGGGGGGAGAGGAGAGAACAACCACGGCUACUGCCACGGCUCAACAGACCCCACGGCGUGA